GGGCAGCCUAUCAUAGCUCAUUUACAUACAUACAUAAUGGUGUUUACUGAGGAUUCUGGCUGGUCAGAGUCCAGAUUUAAAACCUGUAGAGAAUAUUUGCUCUUGCAUCAAACACAAUGUAUGUCACUCUUAAAGGGUCUGUAACAAAAACAGCUUGUUUGCGUGUAAGUGAUAAAGAGAGUUUUGGAAAUUAUUGUGUAGAAGUGAACAAUGGCUUUUUUGGUACAUAAAACUACACAAAUGUUAGUGGACCUCUGAAAAAAAUACAAGAAAAAAAUGCAGAAUAUAGAAACAAAUACGAUAUAAGAAAACUGUUUGUUUAUGAGAUGUUGUGAUUUUUGUUCGCUUUUCUUCUCUGGCUCACAGUAGACAAUGGCAGUUGCACCAUGCAUGUCAACUGGCGUGUCCCUGGCUGGCACCAGUAUUGAGGAAAUAACUCAGGAUAUGGACACAGGGAGAAACGUCACCAUUGUGAUCUUCAAUUACAGUGAAAAAUACAUUCUAGCAAAUCCAAGGCACUACAGCAGCAGUGGAUACUGUCACCGUCCUCCACAACCUACAAUUGAAAAACAGGAAGCAGAUGUUUGCUGCUUUUCCAAAACCCCACACUCAGCUCGAGGUUCUGGUGGAGUCUUGACUUACCAAAUCCUCAGCAAUGGAAAUGACUGUGUUGGUGAACUGGCCAUAAUGUUCUCUGUGCCUUAUGACGAUUUAUAUCAAAACUACUUUGGCCUCGGCAUUUUUCAGCCAGGAGUUUCAUGCGAUCAGCGUCUGUUUGAGCAGAUGUAUUAUGAACAGGGUCCGUUCACCAGAGGAGCAGGUAAACAGACGGUUUUAACAUAUUCUGAUGAAGAUGCUUUUGUGCGGGGAACAAUGUCUCGCUGUCAGUCAAUUAUGACCAUUGAAUUCUGCAAUGAUGAGACUGUUCAGACUGACCAAUCAGUUAUGGAGACUGAAUUCCACAGUGAAAAAAGUGUUCAGAUUGACCAAUCAGUUAUGAAGACUGAAUUCUACAGUGAUGAAAGCAUUAAGGCUGACCAAUCAGUUAUGAAGACUGAAUUCUACAGUGAUGAAAGCAUUAAGGCUGACCAAUCAGUUAUGAAGACUGAAUUCUACAGUGAUGAAAGCGUUAAGACUGACCAAUCAGUUAUGGAGACUGAAUUCUACAGUGAUGAAAGCGUUAAGACUGACCAAUCAGUUAUGGAGACUGAAUUCCACAGUGAAGAAAGUGUUCAGAUUGACCAAUCAGUUAUGAAGACUGAAUUCUACAGUGAUGAAAACAUUAAGGCUGACCAAUCAGUUAUGAAGACUGAAUUCUACAGUGAUGAAAGCAUUAAGACUGACCAAUCAGUUAUGAAGGCUGAAUUCUGUGUUCCAGUUGAAACUAAGAAGAAAAAGACUACUGGGUGUUGCUGGUGUUUAUGGGGCAGUUUUAAAGGUGAAAAUUAGUCUAGUCACCUGUUAGUCGAGUCCAGUGACAGUAUAAAUCACCCGUUUUAGAACAGAUCACAACACUUUGACUUUGCAGUCUUUACCAAAUGUCAAGAGAUAAAACCAUGUAUGAAAGUUUAGACAUUCUAGCCUCUACAGACAAAGAGU